AUGGACUUAGUUUGUCUAUCAUUGAAUCAAAUUGAUGUUAUCCUUGGAAUGAACUGGUUGGAGUUAAACCAUGUUCAUAUCAACUAUUUCGAUAAGCCAGUGUCAUUUCUAGAGUUUGAUACAAGUGAUGAGUUGUUUAUGUCUACCAAGCAAGUGGAUGAGUUUAUGAGGGAUGAUGCUGAGGUUUUUAUGAUACUAGCUUCUAUGAAGACUAAAAGUAAAGCUACAAUUGGUGAGUUAUUUGUGGUGUGUGAUUUUCCUGAAGUGUUUUCAAAUGAUAUUAGUGAUUUCCCACUGAAGCGCGAGGUUAAGUUCACCAUAGACUUAGUACCUGGUACUAGUCUUGUGUCGCUGACUCCUUAA